AUGGCUUCUAAAGCGGGUAACAACGGCAGGGCGCCGCCCACGGUUGCCACCAACCUCAUUGCCGGUGGUGGUGCUGGUAUGAUGGAGGCCCUCGUGUGCCAUCCUCUCGAUACCAUCAAGGUCCGAAUGCAGCUUUCCAAGAGGGCGCGUGCCCCCGGCGAGCCCAGGCGCGGCUUCAUCAACACCGGUAUCGGCAUCGUGAAGAAGGAGUCCCCCCUCGCCCUGUACAAGGGUCUCGGCGCCGUCUUGACCGGUAUCGUCCCUAAGAUGGCCAUCCGAUUCACCAGUUUCGAGGCCUAUAAGCAGCUUCUCGCCGACAAGGAGACCGGCAAGGUCAGCGGAAAGGCCACUUUCUUCGCCGGUCUUGCUGCUGGUGUCACCGAAGCCGUCGCCGUCGUCACCCCCAUGGAAGUCAUCAAGAUCCGUCUCCAGGCCCAGAGCCACUCCAUGUCCGACCCCCUCGACGUCCCCAAGUACCGCAACGCCGCCCACGCCCUCUACACCGUCGUCAAGGAGGAAGGUUUCGGCGCCCUCUACCGUGGUGUCUCCCUCACUGCCCUCCGACAGGGUUCCAACCAGGCCGUCAACUUCACCGCUUACAGCUACUUCAAGGACUCCCUCUACAAGUGGCAGCCCGAGUACAUCGGCCAGAACCUCCCCAGCUGGCAGACUACCCUCAUCGGUCUCGUCUCCGGUGCCAUGGGUCCCCUCUCCAACGCUCCUAUCGAUACCAUCAAGACCAGGCUUCAGAGGAGGGCUGCCGAGCCCGGUGUUAGCGCCUGGAAGAGGAUCACUGCCAUCUCCGCGGAAAUGUUCAAGCAAGAGGGAUUCCACGCCUUCUACAAGGGCAUCACCCCCCGUGUCAUGCGUGUUGCCCCCGGCCAGGCCGUCACCUUCACCGUGUACGAGUACCUCAGGGAAAUGAUUGAGAAGACCCAAAAGGCGACCCUCCUCGGCGACCAGUACGAGGAGUAA